CUGGAUCAGGCAACGUAACUUUCUAGUACAGUUCAACUUACAGUAUACGUGGCACCCUGUACAUAGUUGUGUCAAUUAUUGAAUUCAAAUUCAAAAUUUCGAGUGACAAUGGUUUAAAGUUUGUGACAGUUUUGGUUGAGGAUCGCACACGGAUAAAACAAUAGUAUGAGAUCCGAAGUUGGGCUACUCUCAGAAGUAGACAGCGGUGGCAGAUCUUUAGAAGAAGAAGAAGACGAGGUGGAAGUAGACGAUGGUGUCUCUGACAUAUCAUCUGGGAAAAAUUCACUGAAACACAUUCAACAAGACUCAGACAGUUCCUGCAGUGAAGGCACAUCUAGGAGAUCAGUCAGAGCUAAGUGGAGGUACUUGGCAGGAGGUGGGGGAUCCAUCACUCCGGGGAGGAGAAGAAGAACUGGUCUGUCCGCGCGAGAGAGGAACAUGAGGCGGCUGGAGAGCAACGAGCGCGAGAGGAUGAGGAUGCACUCCCUCAACGAUGCUUUCGAGCAACUCCGAGAGGUGAUUCCUCAUGUCAAGAUGGAGAGGAAGCUGUCCAAGAUAGAGACACUGACCCUCGCUAAGAACUACAUCAUGGCGUUGACCAAUGUUAUCUGCGAGAUGAGGGGGGAUGAGAAGCCUUACACGUUCCUAGAUGUAGACAACGACCCGGAUGAUGAGGAGCAGAACAACAACUCCCUCUAUCAAGAAAGUUUAGAACCGACAGCACGGAAUUUGAACGCAACCUGACCUUUGGAAACACUGUUUGUAACAUUUUUAAGUGAGAAUUGUCAGCUGCGGGAAAAAGUUGGGGAGGCUGCAACAGUAUUAUUGUGUAUUGGAAACAUGUUGAAAAGUUUGGUCAAUGUAAGCAAACAGGAACAAAGUGAUAGAAUAAUUGUUGGAAAUUUAGUCACAAAAUUGGACUCGAAGGUCCAGAGACAAUAAUUAAUUUAAGUACGGUAUAUAUGUGAGAAAAAAAGAGGAUGUCUGUACAUUAAAAUAGACAAGCUUUUUGCCCAUCAAACUUUAUGGAUGGGUGAACAUAGUCAGCUGAAGAAAACUAUAAAUACAAACAACAUUUUACUUAUGCCGGGAUUCAAUUUCGCUUUCCAGGAUUGUUUAUUCUUACUGUGACAUCUGAUCCUGUCACAGUUUAGUUUUCUUUGGGUUUAUCCAAAAUCAUUUUGCUGAUGGCUAUUAAAUGUGAUUGAAAACAACCAAAGCUGAUCUAACAAAAUGUGGAUAAAUUUAUGUUUUGUCUUUACUAAAUGUUUACUUUGGCUUUAUGAUUUUCAGUCAAUUUAGUAGUGAUUACAAUAUUUGAGCUUUAGAAUAGAAAUUUUUACCAUGUGGAGAGUAUAAACUAAAGAUUAAGGGAUUGAAAGCCCUUUUCAGUGUGAGUUCAUUGAAUUGAGGAAAUAAAUAUAUAGGUUGAAAACCAAGUAAUUCAUUAGGGAGAUCUUUAAGGUGAACAACUCUGGGAGGAUCGAGAGAAUCAAUUUAACUGAAUUCGAUGUUGCAUUAUAGCAAACCAUUUUACUAAGCAGGAACUAUCAUAUUAGCUUUUUAGAAAUUAUUUUUUAAUAUUACUCGGCCAUUAGUUCAAUUAUUGGGGUUAGAGAUUAUGGGUAAAAAGAUUGCAACAAAUUUUAUAAUGUAGUUUACCCAAAAGAUCAAAGUACGAACUAUCAUAUUUAUUAUUAAUAAAAACAUAGUAAGUAGAAUCUCCGUCUACCAUGCCUCGUCUGAUUUGAAAUACCUGAUGUUCAUCAAGCCGUCAAUUAAUAAUUUCAAUUAUAUCCAAUACAAGCUCAGUUAUUAAAACUUCAGUUGUUGAUGACAUUUAUGAGUAUGGCAAGAAAACUUUUAACAGUAUGUUCUGUAUACUUCACAAAAUUAUCACGAUUGUCUAGGUUGUAGUUUUAAGAUGUAUAUAGUGUUGAGUUAAAGAGGAAUUUUUAAUUUUUGUCAAAACAAUCUUUGCUACAGACAAUAAUCAACAAAUAAUUUAGGUAUAUCACCUACAUUGUUCAAUUGAUAGGUGCCAAUAUUCUGAUUUUCUUCUAAUUAAGCCUCAUCCUGGACGACGGGAAGCGGAACGAGUGCUGUCCUAUUCUUUGCCGUGGGGGUCAUAUACUGUCAAAACCGUCAGGUAGGCCUGAGUGCCGUUUGACUCCCCUGAGCGUAAUUGAUUUCAGAGGAGGAGUAUUAGUGGAUUCUCGGCACCCAUUAAGUCAUAGUAAUUACGUUAUCAUGUGCAAAGAUUGUUUUCUUCAGGGCUUGUUUGGAGUUACCCUAUUUUUGUAAAUUUUGGCUAUAGCGUUAGUUUAUGUUUGAUUUAUGUUACUAAAUGUUGUUUUUGUUACUUAAACCAUAUUGGUUCCCAGGGUUGAUUUUUAUUUUCAAUUUUCAUAGGUAUAGUUAAUUGCUUUAAGUGGUUUUGUGCCUUAGUUAUAAUCUAACUGUACGUAUUUUCUUGCUACUCCAUUUUGCAGAUUUUGCUUAAAUGUGUAUCUGAAAUUGUACUUUUGUGAGCAAACCAUAAGAAUUUUUUUCCCAUUUAUAAAAAUUUGUAUUAUAGGUAGGAACAUGUAAAUGACAUGACAGAGAAAGUUUCUAUUGUUAAUCUAUCCUUUAACUGAUGGUUGUAUUUGAAUUUGAGAGAAAACCGGUUAUAUAUACAAACAAGUAGAAAGUCAUUUAUUUAAUAAGACCAAGGGUUAGAAACAUCAAACUAUUUAGAUGAUCUAUAUAUCCAAUUUUUGACCUGAAAUUAUCUUAUAUUAUCAUACCAAAUUGCAUUAACAAAGUAUAAAUUGGUUAGUAAAAUGCAAAAGAGGCUUGAAAUAUAUAAAUUAGCAAAACAUUUUGGAUAUUUUACUAAAAACAAUCUGGCGAGAGAGUAUGAUAAAAAUGGGAUAAAAGACUAGUCAUGCAUUUUCCUAAACGGCGUUUUAAGAUCAAAUAAAAUCCGCCAUUUUAACAUUUUAUUUUUUUUACACAGCAUUUUCUUGUUGACAAUUGACUUAUUAAAGAUUGACUAACUACUCCUAUGAAUAAUGAUGCCGUCCAUGCUCAUGAGUCCCGGGAAUCUUUCACUAGUUUUAAGUCAUCAUUGUUACCAUAUAAGUGUGAGAUAAUGUUUUUAUGAAAUACAAUGAGA